CUCCCCAGUAUUCACGGUGCUGGAUCCUGAGCUGGGCUGCUCGCUUCCCUGAUUACGGCCGGCCUAAGUGUGCGCCAUGAAUGGUGACUCGAGUGCAGGGGUGGUGACUUCACCCCCUCCAACAAACGCUCCUCACAAAGAGAAGUAUUUCGACCGAGUAGAUGAAAAUAACCCAGAGUAUCUGCGAGAGAGAAAUAUGGCGCCGGACCUUCGCCAAGACUUCAACAUGAUGGAGCAAAAGAAAAGGGUCUCCAUGAUACUCCAAAGCCCAGCGUUUUGCGAUGAACUGGAGUCCAUGAUUCAGGACCAACUUAAGAAAGGCAAGAAUCCUACCGGCCUGUUAGCUUUACAGCAAAUAGCAGACUUCAUGACAACGAGCGUACCAAGUGUUUAUCCAUCAGCUCCUCAAGGGGGAAUGGCAGCAUUAAACCUAAGCCUUGGAAUGGUCACUCCUGUGAAUGACCUCCGAGGAUCAGACUCCAUUGCUUAUGAAAAAGGGGAAAAAUUACUGCGCUGUAAACUAGCGGCUUUUUACCGGUUGGCGGACCUGUUUGGGUGGUCCCAGUUGAUCUAUAAUCACAUUACGGUCAGAGUGAGUUCCGAGCAAGAGCACUUCCUGAUCGUUCCUUUCGGACUCCUUUACAGUGAAGUUACAGCAUCUAGUUUGGUUAAAAUCAAUCUCCAAGGCGAGAUGAUUGAUCGCGGCAGCACGAACCUGGGAGUAAAUAAAGCUGGAUUUACGUUACAUUCUGCGAUAUACGCGGCACGUCCUGAUGUGAAAUGUAUUGUUCAUAUACACACCCCUGCUGGGGCUGCGGUCUCUGCUAUGAAAUGCGGCUUACUGCCUCUGUCACCGGAAGCUCUGUCCCUGGGAGAAGUGGCCUAUCAUGACUACCAUGGCAUACUGGUGGAUGAAGAAGAAAAAGUUCUAAUUCAGAAAAAUUUGGGGCCUAAAAGCAAAGUGCUCAUUCUUAGAAAUCAUGGCUUGGUAACCAUGGGAGAAACAGUUGAAGAGGCUUUUUAUUAUAUACAUAAUCUUAUGUCAGCCUGUGAGAUCCAGGUACGCACCCUUGCCAGUGCUGGAGGACCAGACAACCUGGUACUGCUAGAUCCAGGGAAAUAUAAAAAGUCUCGUUCACCCGAGUCACCAGCUGGGGAUGGCAGCGGAUCACACCCAAAGUGGCUUGUUGGGGAGCAGGAGUUUGAAGCCCUUAUGCGCAUGUUGGAUAACCUGGGUUAUAGAACAGGCUACCCAUACCGGUGUCCAGCCCUGCGAGACAAAGUAAAAAAAUUCAGUGACGUAGAAAUCCCUGCAAGCGUCACUGGGUACUCCUUUGGCAAUGAUGGUGACUCGGGCACGUGUUCCCCUCUCAGACACAGUUUUCAGAAACAGCAGCGCGAGAAGACAAAGUGGCUGAACUCUGGUAAAGCCGACGAUGCCUCGGAAGACGGGCAGAAUGGUGGCAGCCCCAAGUCGAAGACUAAGGUGUGGACGAACAUUACACACGAUCACGUGAAACCCUUGCUGCAGUCUCUCUCGUCCGGUGUCUGCGUGCCAAGCUGUAUUACCAACUGCUUGUGGACUAAAGAGGAUGGACUUAGAAGUGCCGGCUCCACUGUCCCCAGCCUGUUUGUCCCGCUGAACACAGACCCAAAGGAAGUCCAAGAAAUGAGGAACAAGAUAAGAGAGCAGAAUCUACAGGAUAUUAAAACAGCCGGUCCUCAGUCGCAGGUGCUGUGUGGAGGGAUGGUGGAAAGGAGCUCUGUGCAGAAAUUAUCUAUGUACAAGGAUGCACCUCUGUCAGACUGUUCGGAAACUAUUGAAGGGUUCGAAUUCUCAGAGCAUGCCUUUAGUCCAGCUAAGCCCCUCUCAGUUAGAAAGGGGGAACUGAUUACGGCUUCAAAGGCCAUUAUUGAGAAAGAGUACCAGCCAAGGGUGAUUGUCAGCACGACCGGCCCUAACCCCUUCAACAAAUUCACAGACCGGGAACUGGAAGAGUAUCGUCAAGAAGUCGAGCGCAAGCAAAAGAAUACGGAAGAUAUACUGAAGAAUAUCGACACUGGUAAAUUAACCGAGGCCCGAGGCCUAAAGUCACCAGAAGCAUCCGUUUACUCGGUAAAUGAACAAGGCGCCGGUGUUCAUGGUCAGGCCAUGCCAAAAGAGGCCGAUGAAAAUCCAGUGGUUCUCUUGGAACCCGGGCAGUCGCUUUGUAAGCUCCCUGCAAAACCGGAUUUAAACCUAGAAAUCGUGCAUCUCGGUGCGGAAGAGCCCGAAAAAUCAGAGUCCCCACAUAAAGAGUUUCAUACGGCUGUUAUUCGGGCCCUUAGCAUCAGCUCUGAUCUUGUAACCGAUACUCCAGAUCAAUCAGAAGUUGCAGAACAGAAAGAACCUCUGAUUGACGAGGCUGUAACCCGUACGCCUCCCAGCACACCGGUCAAACCAGAAGAAGAGUCACAACAGGAACAGACUUACAAAGAUGACAGUGACGCCGCUACCUUCAAACAAACCCUUCCAGACCUCACCCCCGACGAGCCUUCCGAGUCGCUCGGCUUCCCAACUUUGUCAAAAGAAGAUGCAGAAGAAGUAGUUACUCCUCGUGACGGAGGACUGGACGAGGCUCCUGCAGAGUCCGCUCACCGAGAAGUUCAAGAGUCCCGACCGGAGCGUGCCGAGUCGCCGACCACGCCGCCUCCUGACGAAAUCGCAACGGCUGACGAAAUCGCACAGGCUGACGUCGCGCAAGCCGACGGCGGCAGCGACGAGUCCCCCGGGAAGUCUCCCUCUAAAAAGAAAAAGAAAUUCCGCACUCCCUCCUUCCUGAAAAAGAACAAAAAGAAGAGCGAAUCGUAAUGACCUGCUGGAACACUGUCAUGUUUCUAAGAGUCCGUUUGUUAACCACUAGAAUGUACCCGAUUCAUAUUAUUUUUGUCUUUCAUGAUAUAAACGGAAUGCAAGAAAACGCAGUAGCUGAACCUGCUAGUCGUAGCGCGAUUGUUUAAAGGUUUAGCCGGGAAAUGAAAUUCCACGUAAGGUGCUAACCUAUAUGUUCAGCAGCAACCCGCUCCGACAGAUUCCUACAUUUGUAUAUGUUCCUAAAAUAUAAUCCUAUUCACGAUUUGGUUUUUGUAUUUUAUGUACAUCCCACUCUUCUUUAAUAUAGCCUACAUAUUUAAUUUUUAUUUUGCAUUGUCACGUCACCGCUGCCUCUUCCUAAACACGCUGGUGUUGCCCACCCUUAACACGUGUUACCGUGUUACAUGUAAAUAGUUACCUGCUUUGCUACAGGGAGAAUGUGAUGAUCGCAGAGCCCUGUGCUUCCGUAAUUAAGAAAUGCAACUGUAUUUUAGUAUAUUUGUACCUCCCGGUUGAUCCCAAAAGGCUUGCACAGUAUCCCCUCUCCCCCUUCCUUCCAGCAAUUCAGAACUGCUUUAAUGUGAAAAUGAAAUCCGCGUUUUGAAUUGCAUCUCGCAUAGACGGCUUGGAGCUGGUAAUGAUCGCUCGCUGCCAUACGUCUCGUUUUUUUUUGUUGUUGGGGAAGUGCUGCCGCCUUAACGACACGGAAUGGAAGCGCAUACUCCACAGUUUCUUUUUUGUCAUCUCAUUACAACAAUUAAAGGUGUAUUCACUUUGAACAUACAAUAUUGUGUAUUAUUGAACGUUUGUAUCAUACUCAUGACUCUGCUUUCUUAAUAAAUGCGCAAUGUACUAUAUGAAAAAAAA